AUGGGCGACAACAGCAUGUCUUCCACUACCAUCCCUAUCAAUGACUCGUCCUCACCUUCCACGGUUUCCUUUACCGUCAAGGCCGGCCUGGCCCAGAUGCUCAAGGGUGGCGUGAUCAUGGAUGUGGUCAACGCAGAACAAGCUCGUAUCGCCGAAGAGGCCGGUGCUUGUGCCGUCAUGGCGCUCGAGAGAGUACCUGCCGAUAUCCGGAAAGAUGGUGGUGUUGCAAGAAUGUCGGAUCCACAACUCAUCAAGGAAAUCCAAGCUGCAGUGACAAUUCCUGUCAUGGCCAAGGCAAGAAUAGGACACUUUGUGGAAUGCCAGAUCCUCGAGGCACUUGGUGUCGACUAUAUCGACGAAAGCGAGGUUCUCACGCCUGCCGAUAACAAGUACCACGUCGAAAAGAGUCCUUUCAAGGUUCCCUUUGUCUGUGGUUGCCGAAACCUGGGCGAAGCGCUCCGACGGAUUAGUGAAGGGGCUGCCAUGAUCAGAACGAAAGGCGAAGCAGGUACCGGAGAUGUCGUGGAAGCCGUCAAACACAUGCGGACUGUCAAGGCAGACAUUGGAAGGGCACAAGCAGCUUUAGCCGAAGGAGAGGGUGCCCUAAGAGCCCUUGCAAGAGAAUUCGAAGUCGAUCCAGUUCUACUCAAGCAGACUGCCGAGCUUGGUCGAUUACCAGUGGUGAAUUUCGCUGCUGGUGGAAUUGCGACACCCGCAGAUGCUGCCCUGAUGAUGCAGUUGGGAUGUGACGGUGUCUUUGUUGGAAGUGGUAUCUUCAAGUCAGGAAAUGCCGCCAAGAGAGCCAAAGCCAUUGUUCAGGCAACCACCCAUUACCAGGAUGCAAAGGUCCUCGCCGAAUGCAGUGCAGGACUGGGAGAGGCCAUGGUUGGUAUCAACUGUGGUACUAUGGCUGCAGAAGACAAGCUGGCAGGACGUGGCUGGUAG